CACAAAUCACGGUGGGUAGAGUAACGACUUGCAUCGGCUCGCUUGUGUCCCAGUUAUUUUUAGGAACAACUGCUUUCCAUUGUUUCCACUCGCUCCAAAACCAAACAAGAUUUUUGUCAAUUUUUGUACAAUUUUAGUUUCUUCUGAUUGUUACGAACAAUUCUGCAUACGUUUCUGUCUGUUCUUCGUUUCAACCAUAACUAUUCUGACCAGAAGAUAUAGUUUCGCUCGGCCUCGCUGUUGUAAUUAGUAAAAUUUAUUUCAAUUACAUUUUCUUGAAAAACAGUUUCACGUACACGCAUCUACUGUAUCCUUAUCUUUACCUUCGGAUGCAUGCUUAGAACUGAAAUCAGAAAAGAAGUCGUGAUACUGAUAUUGGGGUGAUGAAAUUACGAUUUCACACACAUCACGUAUAGAAAGACCGAGAGUACAUCAGAGGCGUUUCUUUAAAACUUAGAUGCAAAACUAGACUGUCAGCACUGACUUUUGGUAGUUUCUAAUCUCAUCAUCAUCAAGGCUUGAACUACACAUCAAGUAUCUGGCCUCUGACUGCGCUCCAAAGUGCUAUGCAACGAUUGAAAUGAACGUUUGUACAGAAUUCCAAGGCGCCGCCGGUUGUCCUAGCAACCCGUUGUGGAUGACAAGACCACUCAAUUAUCCUGUGCAAAAUUAUCGCAUUCGCACUCGUGUAAAAGUAUUGCAUAUACGGCUCUGCCUGCUUACUUAACUGAAUCUGCAUGAUGAAAACUUCCGUUCUCUUGGAAAAAUUUGCCAUGCGAAUUACAUAUAUGGUAGUGCGAUAUUUUUGCAAUGCAUACCAACAGUGGUCUUGUCGAAGCAAGAAAUGGCACUAUUUCUGCAGCUCCUGCUCCUGACUUAUCUUCUGAUAACACCCUGUAACUUAUUUUUGUGACUUUCCAUCUCUACUCCAGAGUUGUAGAAUUGCACUGUAAAAAUCGUUUCCGAGGGACCGCGGCCAACGUCGUCAGGAGGAGGAGAAGAAUUGUAAAAAAGUCUGUUAGUUAACAGCUGACGAAGACGGCAGACAGUUUGAAGAUAUCGCGACACAUUCCCACUCGUUGAGAUUCUCGACGGUGCCUGUGUUUGUGAUAUGGAACAAAUAAUUGUGAAAUAGAACGACAACACUUCAUCUAUUGCCGGUCGGCCGUCCUUCCGGAUUGGAACCAGUUUCGAUUUUGCAGACUGAGCAGACGAAAGUCCGUAAGACCGCGAACAUUUUUUGCGCUUACAAGAAUGUACAACUACCACAGCUCCUUUCACGAC